AUGGGAGUGAUGGUUAUAACACCAGAAUCGAAGGAGAUUACCUCGAAGUAUCCACCGUCGUUUUCUGGUGGAAUCGACCUUCGAAUCUCUUCACCAAACACCUUCACCCGAAAUGGAACAAAUCCUAGUAAAUCUCGAUCAUCUGCCGUAGACGCCGUCGCCUUAGCGAAUGGCCGCCGUAUCGAGGCUGCUUUCUCCAGUCACAUUCACCGGGAUUGCAUAACAAAGUCAGGAAAAAAAGCACUUCUGGGGCCGGAAAACUGCAAAACUUGUUCUGCUCUUUGCUCUAAAGACAAGUUGGUUAAUUCAGACACCAAAGUACACACCUGUAAUUGUGCUUGCCACCGCAUCGAGCGCGGCCUUCCCGCCGAGACAGUAGUUUUUGUCGGGCAUGCUAAUGUGAUUCGCUAUUUCAUAUGCCGCUGUCUACAAUUGCCUCCCGAAGCGUGGCUACGCUUCUCCCUUGGGCACGGCAGUUUCACUCAGAUAAACAUAUGGACCUCUGGUCGAGAAUCGCCACACCACUGGCGCUUACAGGGGCCGUCAGGCGAGAUUCAUUGCAUCGUUAGUGUUAAUCGUAUGGGGGACGUUGGGCAUAUGGACAGGCCUUUAAUCUCAUUUUAG